GGAGCGCCCCUCCCUUUCCCCGGUGCUCUCGGCCCUGCGGCUUUGUCCCGGGUUGCAGCACGCUCGGCCCUGGGGACCGACCUCCCCCUCCGCGCCGGAAAUUCCGGCCGGGAUCGGUGGGAGCUGCGGGGAGGAGCGGGGGGGGCGCUGCGGACCCGCCUCCGCCGCAGCCCCUUCCCCCCCUUCCCCCCCGCACCUCUCCGCGGCCCACCCGCUUCACGCCCAGAGGGGAUGGGAGGGGGUUUGUGGCCGGAUCCAGCCCGGGCAGAGCUCGAUGGGGGCACGGCUGGGAUUGGGACCAGAUCUCGUCCACCACCCCGGGAAGGAGCCAGGCUGGCCGGACCGGUGUUUUGCUGCCUGGGGCGGGGUGUGACACCCUUCCCGCCGCAGGCAGGACACCUUCGGGCUCCCCCGGCGCUUCCCAAACCUACAACCUGACCUACUUCCUUGGCCGCCUGUGCCGGGAGGAGCUGCUGCGGGGCUUGGCCGAGCUGCUCCCGGCCGAUGCCCUUGUGCUGGGGGCUGGAUGCUGCAAGCUUCCCCCCCAUGGGGACAUCCAUGACCCUCAUCCCCGUGCACACCUGGUGGCAUCCCAGACCCUCCCAGAGGGUCUGUCCCCACUGCCCUUUGUGGGACGUCGAUGCCCGGAGCAGGUGCUGGGCUCACAGAGGGAGGUGACAGCGCAGGCCAGGAGCUGUCAGACAGUGCUGGUACCGGGCUUUUCCCUAAUUCUCCAUGGCAGCAGCACAGGGUCCUGUGACCUGUGAGCCCGACACCCGGAUCCUCAGCACCUACUUCUCUUCAGAGCCCGUUGGUGUCGUUGGCAGCAUGGGCAGCGUGGGCAGCCUGGUGGAGAAGCAGGAUCUGUCCCCCCUGGAGCUGCGGGCCCCGCUGGGGGGCUCGCGGGGGCUUCGGCAGCCUGAUGGCUUGCUGCGGAAGGGGCUGAGCCAACGGGAGCUCUUUGGCUACCUGCACGGGGCCAAGAAGGAGAUGCGGUCAGAACGGAAGCACCAGACGUCAGGCACCUGCUACAAGCGGGACUAUGAGAGCGACCGCGAGAACCGGUCCCCUGAGCGCUGCUCCCGGGAGCACCACCGUGGGGCUGACUUCUCCAAGAGCUCCCUGCCCGAGAGGGGCCGCUUUGACAAGUGCCGUAUCAGGCCCUCAGCUUUCAAGGCGGUAGCUGGGAAGGGGCUGGUCUCCAUGCAGGGCCUGUCCUCAUCCAAGGGGCAGAAGCUGUCCAAGAGCAAUGGGAGCCUGCACACGCUGCUGUCGCAGAGCAGCACGGCAGCCUCACAGCAUGGCCCGCUCCGCACCCACCUGCUCCACGCCAUCAGCCUGGAUGAGACCUCUGACUCCAGCCACAACUCCAUCCAGAGCUUCCCUUCCUAUGGUUCCCGCCUCAAGCCUGCCCAAAGCCAGUUCAGUGCCUCCAUGGGCCACAUCAACCACAUUGGGGGCUCCUUGGACAGGGUCUCCCGGAGCCCCAGGGACCCCCUGGCUCCUGAGAAGGCACCCCUGUCCUGCAAAAGCAUGGCCACCCUGAGCCGGCUGCAGAGCCCCGGGGAGCCCCCGCCACCCUAUGAGUUCACCUACUCGCUGGAGGACGCGGUGAAGCAGCUGGAGGACCGGCUGCAGGAGACAGGAGGAGAGCUACGGCAGCUCAAGAGGAGCCUUAGUGAGACUGAAGACCCCUUCACGCAGGUGUUUGAGGACAAGCAGCGGCUGUGGCUGGAUGAGCUGGAGGAUCUGAAGCAGAUGUACGUGGCCCGGCUGCAGCAGGUGACGCAGCAGGCGCAGCGCGGGCAGCGGGCACUGCAGCUGCAGCUCUACAAGGCGCAGCAGGAGAAGAAGCGGCUACAGGAGGAGCUGAGCAUGCAGCAGUGCCAGUGUGAGGAGCCCAAGCUCCGGCAGUCCCAGGGUGAGCGAGUCAGCCCCAAGCUGGAAGAGACCAAGUGGGAGGUGUGCCAGAAGGCAGCGGAGAUCUCCCUGCUGAAACAGCAGCUCCGGGACACCCAGGAGGAGAUGGCUCAGAAGCUGGGUGAAAUCUUUAGCUUGAAGACGCAGCUGCGAGAGGCCAAGGCAGAGGUCCAGGCCCGGGAUUCCCAGCUGGCACAACUGGCAGACUCCUUCCAGAGCUCCCCGGAGCCCAGCACCUCACUGCCACUGGGUGAUGACCCCAUGCCGGCGUGCCAGGACUUCCCCGGCUGCGAAACUGAUGACUCCAAGUGCCGGGGCCUUCACAGCGACACAGCGGAGCCACUGGAGCGGCAGGUGGAGUGGCUGUGGGCAGAGCUGCUGCGGGAGCGGCGCCAGGGCCAGCUGCAGGCUGUGAACUUUGAGCUGGAGAGGAAAACCUGGCAGGAGGAGAAGGAGAAGGUGCUGCGGUACCAGCGGGAGCUCCAGGCCAGCUACAUGGAGAUGUACCACCGGAGUCAGGCACUAGAGCGGGAGCUGCGGCAGCUGCGGUCAGAGCCCAGGGAUAUGGGGGCUGACGCUCCAUGGAUUGAGCGGGUGGAGUCCUCGAAGAUCUGAGCGGCAGGAUGCCAGUGGGACUGUGAAGGAGGAAGGUCUCUUGCUGCUGCAAUGGGAGGAUUUCAGGGUCUGCACAAGGACCAGCUGCUUGGUGCUGCCCUGGGGAGAAGGACUGAUUGCGACAAGGGAGCUUUUUCUCCUUGCAGCGCUUAAGGCCCUUCUGGGGGGAGGGGGGUUAUCUGUGUGAGGGUGGGGGUCUUGCAUGUGCCCCAUGCUCUGACUCCAGGAUUGCUUGCCCUGUGAUUCUUUCUGCCAUGGAGCAGAAACCAAGCAUCCUGUGAGCCAUUCCCUGUCCCUCCUGCUCUGCCGCCCGUUCCCUACAACCCAGUAACUUAAUGUCUUGCUAAGGAGAGACUUGAGCUGUGUCCUCAUCCCCACUGCCUUGCUGUGGGAGCCCCAGCCCCUGUUCGCAGCGGCUGCCCUGUCAGUAGCAUCCUGGAGCUGGUGGUGUGGCAGUGCUGGUGUGCCUGUGUGGGUCUGUGUUGGUGCCACUGGGAAGGCAGAGGAGGAAAGCGCUGGUAUUGCCAGGAGGGGUGGGGAAGCUGCCCCAGCACCUCUGUCAGGGCAUUCCAUGGCAGCAGUACUGGAGCUGCUCUGCAGGGGAGGGGGUUAAUGCACCAUCCCUGCAGGAAGCCCUCAAGCUGAGAGGGCUGAGUGGCUUAUGCAAGGAGGGGUCAGGAACUGGUACCCUGCCACAGUGGGAGGCCUUUUUUUGGAGGGGCGAGGACUGGGGCAUGUGGCUAGGGGGCUGGGAUGCUCCCAACUGGGGAAGAGACUGGGGGAUCCCCACAUCGCCCUCUGAAGGUGGGUGAGAGGGAGUGGAGGAGCUGGGGGGACCAGGUCAGAGGAGCCCUGCUCCAUGUCUGUAACAGCCGAGGCUCUCCACGGCCUUUCCUGCAAUAAACUCAGUUUUCAUUC